GUGUUCUAGGAGAAAAAGUAGUCAAAGAUGGCAGAAGAGGAAAAUGUCAAAGUUGCUGUUCGUGUACGGCCUUUCAAUUCUCGCGAGAAGGCGAUGGGCUCGGACAUUGAUAGUACGAUGGACGGACCGCGGACCGUACUCACGGAUCCGGACACGGGCGAGGAGAAGGAUUUCGUGUUUGACUACAGCUACUGGUCGCACGACGGUUCGGUCGAACAAGCGAACGGCUACAUCACCCCUGCCGCCGGAACACGAAUUUGCCGACAGAAAAAAGUCUAUGAUGAUCUUGGCACUGGAGUAGCGAAGAAUGCAUGGGACGGUUACAACUCGACACUGUUCGCGUACGGCCAGACGGGCUCCGGCAAGUCCUGGUCCGUCGUUGGCUACGGCAUCAACAAAGGUAUUGUGCCCAUGUUUAGCGAAGAGCUUUUCCACGGCAUAGACGAAAAGAAACAGGCUGGCAGUAAGACCCAGUUUGAGGUGAAAUUCAGCAUGCUGGAAAUCUACAGCGAGAAGGUUCGCGACCUCCUGAACCCGACGCCGAACAAGAAAAAGAGUCUGAAGAUCCGGGAGCAUCCGAAGAAGGGUUUCUAUGUUGAAGGUCUGAAGACUCAGUAUGUGGACACCUACGCAGCCAUCGAACAGCAGAUGGAGGAGGGAACGCACAACAGGACGAUAGCGGCGACAAAUAUGAACGCCACCAGCAGCCGAGCUCACACUAUUGUUGGAAUCACCUUCAUUCAGAAGUCAAAGAAUAAGGCCGGCCAGGAAACGGCAAAGAGUUCCAUCGUUAACCUCGUCGACUUGGCUGGCAGCGAGCGGGCGGAGAGCACGGGAGCGACGGGAGAUCGGCUGAAAGAGGGCGCUGCUAUCAACCAAUCGCUGUCCGCACUAGGCAACGUCAUCGCCGCGCUCGCUGACAACGCAGGUGGUAAGAAGAUGAAGGUACCUUUCCGUGACUCUGUUCUGACCAAGCUAUUAAAGAAUGCUCUGGGAGGCAACAGUAAAACCAUCAUGGUUGCUGCCAUAAGUCCAGCUGAUAUCAACUACAGCGAAACUCUAUCAACACUCCGCUAUGGUAAGCCACGAUAUGGUUUGACGAUGUCACGGAUUAACGAGGCGAGAAAGACGACGCCGAACCUGUACAACCUCAACAUGGAUGCUCAAUUGUCGGGCAUGAUCUGCCACCUGCUGGAAGUCGGCGAAAACACGAUCGGGAACAAGGGAUGUGACAUCACACUGCAGGGACCUAGCAUGCUGGAACGACACGCGAAGAUAGUGUACAGCAAUGUUCAUGAACCGCACGGCAUGUUCCGGCUGGAGCGGAUGAACACUGACGCUCGCACGCUCGUCAACGGCGAACCUCUAACGGGCGACGAAGCAGAGGAGCUCCACCACAACGACAGGGUGAUGUUUGGAACGACACAGCUGUACGUGUUUGUGAACCCGCGGCAGCGAGACGACGUUGCCGUGGCGACGACGUGGAUGAUGCCGACGUAUGAGAGCGCACAGAACGAGAUCGCUAGUCACGCGGGGCUGGCCGUUUCCACGGAAACCAAGUCACAAGAGCUGGAGGAACUGAGGAGGAAGCUGGAGGAGGAGAUGAAAGCGGAGCUGGAGGAGAACGAACGCGAGAUGGAGGAGAUGCGCAAGUCCUACGAGGAGAAGCUGAAGGCCGCUGAAGAGUCCGCAGGG